AUGUCGACCGACCCUGCGCUGAUGCCGUCGCCGCCAGCCGACCUCACCCAAACCGCGGAACACACGAUCAAGGAAAGGCAUUCGUUAACCCUAGACCAACGCCGCGCACUGCGGAGGUGGGCCGAAGCCCAAACCAUCCGCCCACCGCACAAAGCCUGCAUCGCAUGGUUCCAUUCACAGUUUGGCCAGCAAAUCAGUCAGUCAACCGUGUCUCAUUCCCUGUCAGCUAAGUACUCGCGGCUGGACGGAAACAACCCACAACUUUCUGGCUCGCGCCUGCGAUUUGGCAAUUGGCCCGACGUCGAAAAGCUCGUGCUUCUCUGGUAUCGACAAGUCCAGGCUGCAGGGCGACCACCGACGAAUGACGAGUUAGGCGAGAAGGCAAAGUCGAUAUUUCUGCAACUACCACGGUACAGAGGCCAAAACGUGCCCGAGUUCUCUCCCGGCUGGAUACAUCGCUUCAAGAAGCGCUAUAGUCUUCUGGUCCGCAGACAACGCCGAUCGGGGGACGGUGCCAUCAACCUCGCCGAGGAUAUCGACUACCUGGCCGACUGUGUUCCUAGGGUGAUGGCAGUCACGUCUGAUACGAGUCCUGCCGCAAUCAGGGAACAAGUCCUACGCGUGGUGGGCGUGGAAGCCAGUCUGAACACCUGCGCCUUGGUGCGAGACGAGGUCUUAAGAAGGAUGAGCACCUCAUCAAACCAUUCGCUGCUGCCGCAACACGCCGUCCCCCAACCCGAACCUAUUCCUCCGCCGCCACCCCCGUCUGAGCAGCCAAUGUACGCCGACGAUGACCCCGAGGUCGUUCUUCAAAACGCUUUGCGCCAGCUCCAACAGGAGGAGCAGGCGGCCGAAGAACAAGCUGCCGCGGUUCGAGAGGAGAGGGAGCGCGUUGAGCGGGCUGGGAUACAUGUGGCGGGCAUGGUAGCUACGCCUGGUCCACAGGACUCCUCUUCCGACCCGCGGUAUACAAUGCCUACACAGGAAAUGGGUGGCCACGAUCUGACUCUAACACCAAUUCAUUCGGACGGACCAGUCUCUUCCAAUGACCGGCCCAUACGCUGCCCCUUCUGCGUAAAUCAGCGCAUGUUACGUACAAUCAAAGAAGCUGUGGAACACAUGUCUACGCAUGUCGUUGUUUGA